AUGUAUCUAGGCGCAAAGGACAGCGGGCACGUGGCUGGUAGCCUCAGGCAGCGACGUCUUGUCCAAUGGAGGGGGUGGAAGGGAAGGCGCGAAGGGAUACCACCCUCCAUGAGAACCUUUUCAUCUUCAUCGAACCUCUCCAUCAAUCCUGUUUAUCAUCUGCAUUUAUAUGGGAUUGUUUCCAUACAAUGUCACUCCUUCUUGAGUACACUGGGGAGCUCUACAGUGGCUCACAGGACAUCGCGACAGCCGUCACCAACGAGAUGGAAAAAGCAAACAGCCCUCGAACCGCUGACCGCGAAUUUCAACCCCCGCACUUUGCCCCCUGAUCUUCAUCCCUCAAGGCGUAUCGUUAUGGCGAAUUCGAGCGACCAACAGUGGUUAUGGGAUUCAACAUGGUCCAAGUUGCGUUUCGCUACGGAGAAUGCAGAGCCCGAUAUAACAGCAAUGGAGUGUUGGAGUUAUCAGGAUAAAUCUCAAAGUUCCCCACCAAGCGUGACCCACGGAAAGCAAACGUUUCCUAUCAGUUCUGUCGAAGCCUGGCUGAAGAAGCCAUACCCUUCCACAUCAAAUCACCACCUUUUGUCAGGUUUCAAGGUGUUGAUCCUCCCACUAGACCCGGAUAAUCCCGUACCCCAGAUGACGGAGAGCGCACUGGACUCUAUUUACGCCGCUUUGAACCUGCCACCGAGUCACAGGCACACUGUCUCCUCGGUGACUGGAGCAGAUGGGGUUUUUUUGCAGCCAGAUGGCACAUACGCGAUCGUCCAUUGUAUGAUCCCCAGUAGUAUAUCACCCAGUGUGACACUCUGCUACGACCCUGCGGCAAAUGUCACUCGAGGGAUUUUCCAGAUUGCGGAGAUCCCGUAUAACCGCUUUGGGAAGCUUCAGUCCGAGUAUUCAUCCUGCGGCCAUCCUCUGCUACUGCCACUCAUUGCUCUAGAAAUAUCAGUUGAGCUGACCAUAUUGGAAAAUGUGCGCCCAGUGGAGGUAGCCCUGCGAGAAAUCGAGAGAGAAACCGGAUAUGACAUGAAUUCUGAGGCAGACAAUGCAAGCCUGCAGAUUACUGGCAACCUGAGGGACCUUACACGAAGACUGGGAGCCGCACAAAGCAGCAUGUACUUUGGCGUUGGGAAUCUCCGCGCGGCCCGACGGUCCACAGAAUUUCUCCAGCAGAAGCUGCGGUAUCUCAGCAGAACUCUCCCUGACGAAGCUAGAGCAAGACUGGAUCAGCCAUCCCGAAUGCUUGAGGAACGGAUCGAAUAUUUGCUGAGUAUCAUGGAGAAUGGCUCGACUUCCUGGCGCUAA